GCUCAGUAAUUGCUUUUUUGUGAAUAUUUUAUAUGAGCUGGACUCAAAGCUAGCUGGACUAGCUACAAAAACGACACAGCUAAAUAUCUAGCUAUACAAUUUUAAACUUUGACCAAGCUGUGCUUGGAAAUCAAUCAAAUUCUCUGUAUUAUUAACGGAAAUAUUUUCGCAGGACGAAAAAAUCAACACAUGAUGAGGACAAUGAAGAGAGAAACAACUGCUGCAGGAGUAAUACUAAUGACUCUUAUACUCUUUCAUUGCACUCUUGGGCAAACAACUUGCAGUAAUGGUGAGCUGAGAUUGAUGCCCCCAACUGGCAAUGUCCCAUCUACUGAUACACACAGGGUGACUGGAACACUUGAAAUAUGCUUCAACAAUCUCUGGGGCAGCAUUUGUGUACCUGAUCCAAGUAACUGGACACAUGAAGAUGCUAGAGUAGCUUGCAAGCAAUUGGGAUACUCAUCUAAUGGUGCAAUUCCAUUAAAUGGUGGCUAUUAUGGUCAGAGUGCUGGACCCGUACACUUAAGUCAGAAUAUAAAGUGUGACGGAGAUGAGUCUUCAUUGUUAAACUGUAUAAUGAUCAAUGGAGGAGGUACAGAUGGAGGAACAUGUACUCAUGCUCAAGAUGUUGGGGUUGCAUGCGAAGUUGAAGGGUUUUCUUGUUCUAGUGGUGAUGUGAGACUCUCAGGAGGAGGUUCUUCUAACGAGGGACGAGUAGAAGUAUGCAACGGAGAGGGAGAGUAUGGGACCAUAUGUGAUGAUCACUGGGACAGUAAUGAUGCUGGAGUGGUCUGCAGCCAACUAGGAUACAUGAGAGAAGGGUCAAUUACAUUAGGAAGAUCUGCAUAUGGUGAAGGGAUAGGAUAUAUAUCAGUGACACAUAUUGGCUGCUUUGGAACUGAAGAUAACAUAACGAGUUGUGAUACUGAUAGCAUAUCAACUUGCUCUCAUUCUGAAGAUGCUAGUGUCAUCUGUAGAGUACCUAAUCCAGUAUGCCUAGAUGGUGAGGUUAGAUUAGUUAAUGGUCGCAUACCAAGUGAAGGACGUGUUGAGGUUUGCUACAAUGGAGUGUGGGGCUCUGUCUGUCAUGACUACUGGGGGGACACUGACGCAGGUGUGGCUUGCUCACAACUUGGGUACUCAUCACAAGGUGCCAAGGCCAUAAAGUAUGCUGAUUUUGGUGAGGGUGAUGGUCCUAUACUACUAGACAAUGUACAGUGCCAAGGAACUGAGCGUUACCUCAACGAGUGCAGCAGUAAUGACGUUGGGGCUCAUAACUGUAGACACAGUCAAGACGCAGGAGUUAUUUGUCAAGAUCCAUCAUUUACUUGUACUAAUGGCCACGUGAGACUGGUGGGUGGGGCUACAAGUGGCGAAGGACGUGUUGAGAUAUGUCAUGAUAAUCAUUACGGGUCGGUCUGCAAUGAUAGAUGGGGACAGGAAGAAGCUGAAGUGGUUUGUGGACAGUUAGGAUUCCAACGUAAAGGUUCAAUAGGUAUCAGUGGUAGCACAUAUUACGGUUCUGGAGUUGGUCUGAUAUAUCUUGAUGAUGUCACUUGCAAUGGAAAUGAGGAUAAUCUCUUUGAAUGUACUCAUAGGGGUAUUGGCAGAAGCAACUGCUACCAUCAUCAAGAUGCUGCUGUCAUAUGCAAGAAUACUACCCCAUCAUGUACAGAUGGUGAAGUGAGACUAGUCAAUGGUAGCAGACCUAAUGAGGGAAGGGUUGAAGCCUGCUACAGUGGAGUCUGGAGUGGUAUCUGUGAUAAUGAUUGGACCAUAGAAGAUGCCACUGUUAUAUGCAACAAGCUAAACUAUAAUGACAACAACAAUGCCUUUCCUCCAGUGAGUGUACCAGGAGGAUACUAUCCACCAUCAGGUGGCCCCACCAUAUUCUCAUCUCCUGACUGCAAUGGAAGUGAAUCAGAUAUACUGCAGUGUCUCAAUAUCAGUAACAUCGGGACUGGUACUUGUUAUAGUGAUGAACAUGUGGGCGUCAUCUGUCCUGUGCACAAAGUUGAUGGGGCCAAUGUACGUACUCAGUAUUGCAGCAAUGGAGAGAUCCGAUUGGUCGAUGGUGGUUCGGGAAACCAGGGUCGGGUCGAAGUGUGUCACAACAGUGUAUGGGGCAGCGUCUGUGACGAUGGGUGGGGUCAACUGGAGGCCAGUGUAGUCUGUCGACAGUUGGGAUACAACUUGACAACAACAAGAGCUAUACCGACCCCCAGGGGAAUAUUCAAACCUGGCUCGGGCCCGGUUUUUCUAUCAGAUGUGCAGUGUUAUGGGAUUGAGAAUAAUUUAAUGAAAUGUUCAGGAGCCAGCGUCAGAUAUCAGGACUGCCCACACUCAAAUGAUGCUGGAGUUAUCUGCAUGAGCUUACCCUGUACUGAUGGUGACAUUAGGUUAGCCGAAGGUGUCAGAGAGAGUGAGGGUAUACUGGAGAGAUGCCAUGAAGGAGAAUGGCACGGGAUCUGUGGAGGAGAGGAGGAACUGACGACGGAACAAGUAGGAGGAGUUUGUAUGCACCUAGGGUACACAAAUAAAAAUGCUUACAUCAGACCAGGAUUAUUCAGCAGUUCUCAUUCACUGACCUUAAGAAUGAGCCAGUGCUCUGAUGACAGUGACUUUAUUGGUUGUAUCAGAGAAGAAGGGAGCAUCACUACUGGAGCACAAUGUCCUGUUGGAAAAGUACUAGGAGUUGUAUGUCAAGUGACUGAUAUGGAAAUGUUAUGUUCAACUGGAGACGUACGUCUAGUGGGCGGGGCCAGCCACACUGAGGGACGGCUGGAGGUAUGCGUGGGCGGUGAAUGGGGCAGUGUCUGUGAUGACCAUUGGGACAACAAAGGAGCUACCACCGUAUGCAGACAGCUGGGAUAUCCCCAUACUGCUGCUACUGGAGUUGGUGGGUCUCAUUUUGGACCAGGGAAUGGAGGUAUAUUCUUGGAUAACAUCCGUUGUCAGGGGAACGAGACCGACCUGUUGGAAUGUGACUCCAGCAGUUUAAAGACUCAUAAUUGCGAUCACAGAGAAGAUGCUGGUGUCAUUUGUCAAGACAUUGUUCAACCAACUACUACAGCAACAGCAGUCACGCCCCCACGCAUCACCGUGACAACAACUGUACAAGUAACAGAAGAAAACAGUUCAACAGGGAGUCAGGAUGGUUCGGGCGGAGUCAGAACGAACGGACUAGUGGGAGAUAUAUCAACAAAGACAUUGAUAAUAGCAGUUGCAUCACUUAUCACUGUUUGUGUCUUCAUUGUAUGUAUAACAGUCAUCACAAUCAUCAUAUUCAAAUACAGGAGAUUAAGAUUAAAACUAAAAGGAGGAGUCCCAGUACCAACUGAUGUAUCAAGUCAAAAAACAGACUCAGUAAUAGGCAGCCCACCACCAGACAUAUAAGAAUAAAUAAUUAUAAUUAUUUUAUGUAAAUUAAUGUAUGUAUGUAUGUUAUAAUUAAUACAUGUCUAUUUGUAAAAGUAUAGUCAUUAUAUAAAUUGUUACAGUAUAAUAUUGUAAUUGUGUUUCUGUAAUUAUAGAAUUUAUCAUGAUUCAAGCUAUUAACAUUACUAUUACUAUUCUACAACACUAUUUACUUUUUGACAUAUCACAGUUUGUGGCGAAUCAUUACAAAU